CGCUCGUUUUAUUUAUUAAACUUCGUCCCGCGCUUUCGUUAAUUAGCGUGUUUUCGCUCCGCGCGCCCGCCAGUUUAACUUCUUAAUUUUCGACUUUUCGCUUCGCGGGGUCGCGGGGCAAAAACACGAAUGGCACAAAUCAGCCACCAUAAUAUCCUCUAUAUCAGGCGAGCUUUUUUCAACCACGGACUUAAAUUUUCAAUUAAAGUCCGUGAUUCAGCUCGGUCAAGGGCGAGCAUAGUACAUGUAUCAGUCUUCAUUCAAUAAAUUCAGUAUUAAACUAACACUCAUUCAAUAUCCUCUAUUUUCAACAUUUUUGUUCCCUGUUACAUCCAGAGUAAGGGAUAUCUACAUCCUGAGUAAGGGAUAUUUUAGGUAAAUUAUGUACAUUGUAAUGUCUUAUGCAAGCUUGUAUGUUUUCAUUUGUUCACAUAAUAAUAUUUGUACUAUAUUAACAUAACAAAUUUCCUUCAUUUUCAUGAGAAAAAAAUCAUAGCUGUGUAAAGGGAAAGAACUUUAAACUACGCAAUUUCCAUAGUAGUCGCCCCUGAACGUUAUGUCAAAAAUAGCGUCAUGACGUCAUAAAACGUAGCGUAAAAAGACGUUAGCUCUAUGGGUUUCAGUAAGCUAUACAAAAACAUAUCGACAGCCGCUUUUUAAACGCAGGAAAGUAAAUAAUUAUAUAAGGAUGUCACCAAGAAACGGAAAAGCAACAAGUUUAUAAAAUAAGCAUGGAAAACCUAUAUACAGAUUAUUUGAAAGAAUUGUGUUGUCCAAAAACGGAUGGAGGUAUCAACAGCGAAUUGUUAGAGAAUGCAGGUCACUUACCACACACGGAUGGUGCGGGAGAUGGUCCUGAUAUAUCAGAUGUCAUUGUUGACAUAUCUAAAGUUACAGAGGAAGAUGAUUCUAUCAAUAACGAUACCAGUGAAAGAUUUGUCAGCGUGCUUGAAAGGCGGAGAAUGAUGAGAAAAUUAGAGGAGGAAAAGGAAAUUGAUUGGAAAGUAUCUGGAAAAGUUGACGAGAAAGAAAUGAAAAGUAAGGUUGAAAGUCUUUUAAGUAAACUAAAAGACCGUUUCAGCGAGGAAAAAGAAGCCAGAAAGAGUAUAGUAAAACCAAACCGUUCAUACUAUAAUUUCUGUAAUAGUGUAGACGCUUUUUUAAGACAUAUUGAAAAACCGAAAAUUGAUAUCAAGUACUCGGAAGUGAACGAUGAUUCACAAGGUGAAGAACUUUAUAGUUUUGGUGUUAGACCCGCAAGUAUUGGUAAAAAUAGAAAAGUCAGAUCAUUCGAUAGUGGUAUCAAUACCUUGACAACAAAGGAAAACGACGAUGAGGUAAUUAAGAAAGAUAUGGAUGGUGUGGAAAGCGGCAAAGAAACUUCUGUAGGUAAAGAAGUUAUUGAGUCACAUAUCGGCCAUAUCGUUGAUGACACACUGUUUGAUCAAGCUAGCCAAUUUCCAGCAACUCUCGAUGAUAGUUCCUCAUCCCCUGACGACAAAAUAUGUCCAGCCAUUUUUACAGGCAUCGCUUUGCUACAUCACGAAGCAGACGACAAUAUUUUGAAGCAAGAAAUAUUCGACAAUAUAUUACAGCGGGAAUCAGGCGACAAUAUUGUAUGACAAGGAA